UUUCUUCACCUCGUAUUUUAGCAGUGAUUCACCGUUUUGGGCAUUAGGCAUUCCGCUCAAAAUGGCAGUGUAGCGGCUUGCAGCGGAAAACUCGCAGCGGCAAAACCUGCAGUGCAACGGCGAAGUGCACUGAUUUUUUCAGCAAAAUGGCGUCCCUCGAGGCAACCACCCUCAGCACUGCUGCAUUUGACAGCAUAUCAACUUCGCUUGACCCGUCAAAACUCCUGUUCCAUUUGAGUCUACCUUUGACCAGCCAUGUCUCUAAACUCAAAGAUGUGCAUGGCAGACAUGGGGACCCUGUUCUUGGGGUCCUCGAUUCUGAUGGCUGACCCCUUUGGGCCCCUUCUGGACGAAGAUGAAGAGAGAGCUCUAUCUGAGAGGUCAUCAUCACCUCUCUCCUUCUCUUCAUACUCUGAAUCUUUCUCUUCCCCAUUCUCCUCCCCCUCAGCCCAUGAUCUUGUAGGGUGUAAAGUCGGGUGUGACGUGUCGCUUCCCUGGCUGUCUGCCGAUGAGCAGAUUGAUACUUACGUUGGGGCAGAUCAGAAAGAAGGGGACACGUUUUCUGGCAUGGACUGGAUGUCUGAAAAGAUCGACCUUGCUGACUUUGACCUAGACUCGCUUAUCGGGUCGUGUGAUUUGGAUGAGCCACCCAGCUCUCCAGAAGAGCUCCUUGCAUCCCUGGAGUCUCAAAUGGAUCUGGUCAUGGCACCAUUUUCAUCAGCCACCCAUUCAGUUCCUGAAGAGCUUAACCUGCCUCCUCUUCCACUAGAACUUCCGCUGUCAGAAUCAGAGGUCCACCUGGAGCCUGCUCACACUGAGAUUAAAUCUGAGCCAGAGUCCCCAGCUCCUCCAUCUCCUGCAUUUACCCUUGAGCUGGGUAGUGAGGUCGACAUCCCUAUUUCAGAAAUAGAAAAAGCAGUAGCUGAGACAAGCAGCAGUGAGCAUCAGAUUCCAAGCAUUGUGCUCUCCUUAUCCUCUGCCCAAAUAGUGGUGGUUAUAGCUCCCAAAGAAGAACUGAGCUUUGUGUCUAGCUCAGACCAAUCUGACAGUGGUGUUGAUUCACCCUGUGGUACCCCCCCUCGUGUUCCAAGUCCAGCUCCAUCCUUAAAACCCACCUGCACCUCCAGAACCAAACCCUACUCCAAACCGGUCCUUGACACAGCUAUGCCUGUUGGAAAAGUGAAGUCGGUAUCAGGAAAUUCCAAAGGGGUGGACAAGAAGGUAAAAAAGAUGGAGCAGAAUAAAACGGCAGCUACCCGGUACCGGCAGAAGAAACGGGUGGAGCAAGAGGUACUAAACACAGAGUGUGCUGAGCUGGAGAAUAGGAACAAGGAAUUGUCUGAGAAGGCAGACUCGCUCAGCCGGGAGAUCCAGUACCUUAAGGAUCUCAUUGAAGAAGUCCGGUCAGCCAAGAACCGCAAAAACAAAGCCAAGGCUGACUCGCCCUGAGGCGGAGGAGCUGUGUGAUCUGCAUGAUUAUAAAUAAGAAAGGCAUUGAAGACAAUGUGCUUGCAUGUUUUCCACCCCUUCACAGCACACAAACACCUCGCAGGAUAUUAUAAGGAAAUUGAUUGUAGUUUAGAAUUGUAGUUUAUAGUCACACAACACACAAACCAAACCCGUUCAUCUCCCUUCUUUUAACUUUGUUGCACCUAAACUCUUCAACACAUUUGUCCAGAAAGGGGCCACGUAUAGUGGAUAUCUUGUUACACUGAAUUCUGCUCUUGUUGCUCGACCCUGUUGCGUGUACAUAGCUUCAGUUGCUCUCUCUUGCUUUAUUUAAAAUUGGUGUUUGGUUGCAUUGAUGUAGAACACUGUGCUGAAUCUUUUUUUCUAUUAAAGCUUUAAAACUAAA